CUACUGCGGGUAUAUUUCUCCUUUCCUUUUCCUAUCUGGCAUCGUAAAUGCUUUCAGAUACUUACCAUCUCCCAGAGAAACCUACAUUUUCUGUAUCUUUCUUAUGUAUUAUCACUCAUUGUAAUAUCAAAUUUAAGCCUAAUUCUUCGGAAUUGACUCAUUAAAUUCCAUUCAUUUACUUCUAGAGUUAAUCUAAAUUUUCAAUUGCACUUCAAAUCCACGCCAAAAGCGGCUGUUUGAUUGCGAAAAUUAGGGCAAAAUUUUAACAUUUAAUAUUAUGUAAUCAAUCAGAAGUUCAAGUUCAAUUCUUGAGUUUUUCUCUAAAAUUAUGGCAUCAAUUCGACGAACUCUGUCUCCUGCGCAUCAAGAUCGAUCACACCAAAAUGGAUCACUGAACAAUAAUUCAGCAUUUCACAAACCUUCAAAUUCGAAUUUAUUCGUAAAAUUCCGACGAUUUUUCGCCGAAUUACUUCUCCUCCGAAAUUCGCGACGAGCACAGCCAUACUCAUGGAAGAGACAUUUCUAUCGUUGUGUACUUUGCUUCCUCAUCGGAAUUUUGUUAGGUAUUUUACCGUUUGGUCAGAUUGAAGAUGUUAGAACUCAUGAUUUUUCGUUUGAAGUGAAACCUCAACUUCAGCAAGAAACAUUCAGAAGUGAAGAAGAAUCAAUGGAACAGAUGAAGGAUAUUGAGGUAAAGUUUGAUGCGGUAUUAGCAGAGAAAUUUGAUCAUAAAUCUAAGAAACUAUUGAUUGUUGUUACUCCAACUUAUAAUAGAAUACUUCAAGCUUACUAUCUGAAUAGAUUGAGUCAAGUAUUGAAGCUCGUAAAUCCGCCAAUGCUGUGGAUUGUGGUGGAAAUGGGUGCGCAAUCGUCGGAAACUGCAGCGAUUUUGAGGAAUAGUGGAGUGAUGUAUCGGCAUUUGGUUUGUCACAAGAAUUUGACGAAUAUUAAAGAUAGAGGUGUUGAGCAAAGGAAUACUGCUCUUGAACAUAUUGAAACUCAUAAACUUGAUGGCAUUGUUUACUUUGCUGAUGAUGAUAAUAUAUACUCUUUGGAACUCUUUGAAAGAACCAGACUUAUAAGUCGUUUUGGCACGUGGCCUGUUGCAAUGCUGGCACAAAACAAAAAUAAGGCAACACUUGAAGGUCCAAUAUGCAAUGGAAGUAACAUAAUUGGAUGGCACACAAAUGAGAAAAGUAAGAGACUUCGGAGAUUUCAUGUUGAUAUGUCUGGAUUUGCAUUUAAUAGUACUAUCUUGUGGGAUCCAAAGAGGUGGAAACGUCCCUUUUCGAAUCCGAUAAGGCAGUUGGACUCUGUGAAGGAGGGUUUCCAGGAGACAACAUUUAUAGAACAAGUGGUUGCAGAAGAAAGUCAAAUGGAAGGUGUGCCUGUUGGCUGUGGGAAGGUUAUGAACUGGCAUCUCCACUUGGAUGCUCGGGGGGUUGCAUAUCCAAGAGGGUGGGUGGUUCAGAAGAACCUAGAUGCUGUGCUGUCCAUUAAUUAAGGAGAUACAGCCCUGUUUUUGAUCUCGAGCUAUUUAAGAUACUGUUUUACUUGUGCUGACGCCUGACAGUGCCCGUGACAUUGGUGUUGGUACUGCAGUGGCUGCCUCAUUGAGAUUGCUUAUGGUUUUGUCUGUGCAUCCAGCACCAGCAUAAUCAACAUGAAGGUGCAAGGAUAUUGUUCAUUAUUAGAUAUAUUCUCUCGAACUACCCUUUUCGCUUUCUCCAAAGAAUUUUUCUUAGUUAUAGAAUUUUGAUCAAAUUUUUUGAGCAUUAGUAGUAGCGUCUGGCCCUCUAAAUUUUCUCGUUCUUAAGAGGUGAUUUUGUUACAAUGUACAAAUUCCUUUUCUGAUGUUUUCAUAUUUGAAGUACUAUAUACCAAUAUUAGUGAAGAAAAAUAUAUUGAAGGUGGGUAAAAAUUGAGGCGGAUCA